GGCACAGUCUUCCAGUCCCCGAAGUUAAAUGUUUAGUUUGGGAAGGAGCGAGAGGGUUCCUACUAUUGUGGCAGGCUGCUUGGGGCAGGGGGUGUUCUCAAAUUACUGCUCCCUCACCGGGAAAGCCCGAACACAUCACGCUCAGUACGGGACGGAGAGCGAGACCACGCGGGGACUUCCGCCGGGCCAGGGCCAUUUGGGAACUGCGGCACCUAUACCAGCUCGGCGAAAACCAUCAUUAACGCGCCUUCGGAGCCACUCGGAGAGCCAGCCCACAGCCAGAGAGAAGAGUUUAGCCAGAGGUGUCCAGCUGUGGGGGAAGGGAGGGGAGGGGAGGAGUCUGGAGAGAUUCAGCCACACCUUCCCAGGUUCUGUCACUUUAAGGCAAACAGAAAUUCCCGAGUCCCGCCCCCUUCCCGAACAUCAGCUUACAAUUGGCUUACAGAGAUGCCAGUUGUGGACGGAGGUUUCAUCAUCUUCAGGCAUGGGGUUUUCCCAUUGGCCCAGGCGCUGGUGGUUUGUAAAUGGUACUGGAAAGGGGGAGGGGAGGAGGGUGUGCGAACGAGCGCGAGCGCGGCCCGGGCGGGAGCGGGAGGCUGGUUGGUUUCGCAAUCGCUUCUCGCCGUCCGCCGGUCCCAACUCUUCGAAGUCAGGCGUCGGGGUCGCGCCGCAGUGGGGGCCUCGCUGGGUCCGCCUCGGGUGGAGGCCCCCUAGUUUGAAGAAACUGGCAUGCUCCUUCCUUAUCCAUCAGAGUGAACUGGAACCUUGCCUUCCACUUCUUUCUGAGUCCAGUUCACUAAUUGGAUAUACAAAGUAUUCAUUGUGGAUGAUCAUGUAAUAUCCUGAGAGUCAACUGGAAAAAGAGGUGCAUGUGAAGAUUUCUUGGCAGCUUAGUGUGGAAAUUGUUGGUCACUUGCUUCUUCGCCCCUUCUUCUCCCUUGCCCCCAAUUUCUAACUCUGUUGUGGUUCAAGAAGAGCCUGUCCAAAUGAGCAAGACAUCCCAACAGAGCAGUACUGCAGGAGCUAAUGGAAUAAGUGUUAUUCACACACAAGCACAUGCCAGUGGUUUACAGCAGGUUCCUCAGGUGGUGCCAGUCAGCCCUGGAGGAGGAGGCAAAGCUACACCUCCCAGCAAACAAAGCAAAAAAAGUUCAUCAAUGGAUAGGAACAGUGAUGAGUAUCGACAGCGAAGAGAACGGAACAACAUGGCAGUGAAAAAGAGUCGGUUAAAAAGCAAGCAAAAAGCCCAGGAUACCUUACAAAGGGUCAACCAGCUAAAAGAAGAGAAUGAACGCUUGGAAGCAAAAAUUAAACUGCUGACUAAAGAAUUAAGUGUACUUAAAGAUUUGUUUCUUGAGCAUGCACACAACCUGGCAGACAACGUACAGCCUAUGAGCACUGAAAGCACUACCCCAAAUCCUGAGAGCACGGGACAGUAGUGAGGAUACGGCAGUCUGGGCGAACUGAACUCCAGAAGGUGUGACUGACUGACUCCACUCACUUUAGUAUCAAUGCUGAUCUAUUCUAAUAUUUAAAGAUCCUUUUGGGGAUAUUUUCUAGGUGAAGCACUGAAGAUUUGACUAGCCUAAAAUGUUAACUUGUUUGAAGUAAUAAGUUGCUUUUUAUCAAAAGUCAGAGAAUUUUUUCAAAGAUAUAAAAAAAUCUUAGAACUUUUUGUUAUUGCUAAGUCUUGGAUUUUCUCAGAAAUGCUCAUUAUCCCUUUUGGCAUGGAGAAGUAGGAAUGUACCUGAGAAUUGGCAGAUUGGGCAUAAGAUUUUAAUGAAUGAACAUAAUUGGCUGAAAAAGACUAAUGUUAAAUAUUAUUUUAAGAAAGUAUACAUCUACUCUACAGUAAAAAUUGGCUGUUGAUGACAGAUCAGUAUAUAAUAUGAGGGCUAUAAAUACAUUGUCUGAACAUAAUUAGAAGUUUUUCCCUAGUUGGCAUAAAUUGCUUCUCAAUAGUAUGGUUCAAUGACAUUGGCUAAAGUGUUACAAUUGAUUAUUAUAAACAGUGGAUUGUAAAUGUUAUAUAGCAAAUUGAAAUUGGCAUACCAAAAUUGUAAAUGGUUUCCUAGAAUUAAGGGAGCAAGUGGAUUUGUAUUCUUAUAAGCCUCUAUAUCAGUGAAAUUUGUUAGAAUUCUCCGUUUAGGUUUUCUGGGACUAUUGGACUAUUAUUAUUUUCCUUUGUUUUGUGCAAAAUAUCAGGAAUGUUUAGAACAACUCAGAAAAACUGAAGUGUCUAAAAUAUUAGUUUCAAAGAAUUGUUAAAAUAGGCAUUUUUGGCUACCUAUUAUUGAAAAGGACUUCACAUAGUGUACUAGCAGCCUUUUCAGUAUUUGGUUCAAGAGAAUGUUUUAUUGAGAAGGGAACUUUUCUUUGGUCACAUUUUAUAAGGGAACAUUCAUUAAAAAGAGUAAUUUCUUUAAAAUUUUAACAAAAGAGUGUGAUUAUUAGAAAAUAUGUGGUUGACUUCUUACCUUUUCCCCCAAUACAGUGGCAAUAUACUAUUAAGCUGGCUUUUAAAAAGAGAAGCUAAGAUGUCAAACCUUUUUAACUUAUUUCAUAAUUUGUAAUAUGGACCUGGCAUAUUUCUUGUUUGGUCAUCACACUAUAUUCUUCCAAAUCUUUUUUGCACCGUUUACUUCCAUUCAUUAGCUUUUAAACUUGUGUGCCCUAGAAAUGUAUUUAGAAAGAAUAUGUUGGUGAGAAAAUUGUUAGGAUGCCAAUAGAGAAAGUACAAAAUUAUAUUUGAUAGUUAAUUUUAUUUUGUGAAUAAAAAUGUCAGAGGGAAGCUCUAGAGACUGUUCUAUUUAAUAGUAGCAAUUUAAAAGUCUUUCUUAACAUUUUUUUUCCAUCUCUGCUUUAUCUUAUCUGUUUGACUUUGUAAUUUUACAUGGGGCUGGCUUCCUUGCUAUUUAGUAGAAUUUACCCAUUCCCGGUUGAGGAAAGGAUGCCAGACUGACCAUCCAACAGGUUUGGCGUGUGUCUUAUUUUGAUCUGCCUGGGUGGGGCUAAUUUUUGGCUGUAGUGUUGGGCUUCCUACCAAUAUAAUUGGGAUGGCUUACGGAAGUAGGAGGGCCUCUUCUCGUUUACUGAGCAUAUUACUUUGCAAUGGAACCUGGGGAGGUUUUGAAUAACUAGAGUGAUAAACUUCCCUUUCUUGGCAUCUAAGCCAUUUUGCUUGUCAGUGUAGCUCAUUGGCUUAGAGGAGGGGAGAGAUUAGAAAUCCUGUGGAAUCAAAUUUUGCUGAUUAGAAUUUGGUCUAAAUUGUCAAAUUUGAGCUAAUUUGAAUCCCAUAUUAGACUCAGUAGUUGGAGUUGGGAUGAGUGACAUUGGGUUCACUUUUUGGAAUAGGAUGGGAAUUAGCUAAAGCUUUUGUAACUGUAGGUAAAAAUCUCUUGUUUGUGAAGAUAGGAACCAUAUGGCAUAAAUGACUGAACCUCUCUUAGCAAGGCUAUUUUGACUUGAUACGGAGCAAGGAAAUAGUAUGGAGGGUUUUGUAAAGAGCAGUACACUGUUGGCUUGAAGUGUUUCGCUACCUGUUAAAUCUAAUGGGGCUUUUGAUUAAGGUCAUCCCUUAUAAGUCUUUAGCAAUAUAUUGAUGCUUGAUCAUCUUACUGAUAUUAAAAUGAAAAGUUACAUAAUUGGAGACAUUGGGCCACUUGACUGGUAAGCACCUAUGGUUCUAGAUAUUUUUCUCUCCCGUGUUAUUUCCUGAAAAGCACACAUCAUAGAAAAAUAGAAUGGCAGCUUAUAGAAAUCUAGUCAAACUCUCAUGUUAUAGAUGAGGCAAGUGACAUACAGAGAGGUUGUGACUUGCCCACGGUCACACUACAGAUUAGCCACUGAGCUGAGAUGACCAAUGUCUAGUGGUCUGACUUGUAGUUCUUUGGUUUGCUCUGUGUUAAUAACCUCAUCAGGCUUGAUAUGUUUUUCAGUGAUCCCAGGGGGAUUUUGGGGUGCUAUCGGGGGAGGGGGGUGUAGAGGUAUGUUAAAUAUUUUAAAAUCUGCUAAAAUGUAACUUGAAACUAUUCCUUAAGUGGAUUCAAGCUUUCAUACUUGAGCUAAGUAAAUUAUAAAGUUUUAGUUGAAAAUAUAAGAGACAAUUUUCAUAGUACUCAAAGGUAAAAGUACAUCUAUAAUACCUUAAUAUGUCGUGUGGGAAUGAGGGCUUUGAUUUUUAGUAGAAUAACAGAUAAGUAUGUAAUUUCAAAGGAAAGCCAAAUGUUGGGAAAUGACAAAGUGUAGAGCAUCUUAGAUUUAUCAAAUUGUUGUCUGUUCUUUUAGUGCUACCCUGAAGCCCAGGGAUUUGGUUUGUGAGAUAAGCCAUUCUUUUGACCAAUGUACUGAGUCUCUACUCAAAUUGAUGGGCUGGUGUUCUUCACUUUAUGUUUUGAUCUUCUGUGUUUCUGAGCUUAUCAGUUUCGGAUUAGAAAUUACUUUAGAAUGAAAGAUUUCAUUAUUUUACAGCUUACUAUUGCUUAGACUCUCAGCCUGGCUUCCUUGAUUUAGUGUUAGAACAAGAGCUCAGGCACUGUUGAAGAUAUGCUAACAAAAUGGAACCACAUUAUAGAAAAUCAGGGCUUAGAAAUUUGGAAAUUAAUAUAAAUUGGAAGUGCGUGUGCAUUUUAAAGCACUUCAACUUUCUCUCUGUUGUUUAUAGCAAGCCUAAAAUGUUUAACCUAAACCAGAUAGUGCUCAGUACUCCAAACUGCCUUAGGAAUAGGGAAGCUCGUUUUUGUGUUGAAUUGAUAGAAGUUAGAGAAGAAAGACCACUUUAUGGCUGUUAGUGCUGCCUCUCAGGAAAAAAAAAAUACCAACUUGUUCUUUCUUAUUCCUGGCUUUUCUCAGUGUGUGAAAUUUCUAUUUUUUUAAUAAAAUUUGAUUUCUUCCAAUGAAUUUGAAAUAAAAUCUUUGGAACAGUGGUA